AUGUAUUUGAAGCAUUUUAGAAAUAAUUCAAUUGAAUGUGACCCUCCAGCACCUUCAGUAAUAUCCGAUUUCGUCAACUACAGCACUUCGGUUCAGCUGACUUCGGCAACGAAUCCAAGGCAAUUUAACAACAAGAUAACAACAAGGGUUAAAAAAGAGCAAACACCCCCACUAAUCGACUUUUCCUUGGAUGACAAUAAAAUGUUAUGCGUACAAGAAAACCCAGUCACGAUAAACAGUAAGAAAGCAGGAUCAAAAAAGGAUUGGGACGAUGAUGCAUGGGAAUUAUUGAAUCAGUAAAUUGAUCUUUGAAAGUGGUUUUAGAACUGGUUACUACGAACUUCAGAGGAAGUAAAAUAUUAUAUUAAUGAUAGCCAUUGCUUUCUUUCUUGUAUAAGAGUACUAAAAGUUAUUUUAUCCCAUGGGAGCAAAUCUUUAUGUGGUUUUGAGUAUUAAUAAUAUUAAGGAGA